AUGUGCUGAGAGACGUGAAGGAGAGAAUCAAGAAGAAGCAGACUGCACUGGUCUCAGCAGCAACAGCAGAUUCUGUUCCUCAUCACGUCCCUCUUCCUGAGCUCCAUCAUGAACUUCCUCACUCUGGUGCUGCUUCUGCUGGCUCUCUCUGGAUGUUCCAGUGAAGUCGUAGCUGAUUUCAAGAAGACGUGUCCUGAUUUCUUUGCUAAUCCAGAAGGAACGCUGUCUCCUCCGACUGUGUUUACAGGAGAUAAUUACAAACAGAUCUGCCAAAUUCUAGGUAACACAUAUGAAUACGCAACACUGUAUGACACAGCAAACAAGAUCCCCGUCUACUCAGCCUACAAGUUUGAAGGUUUAAUGGGUUGUAAAAGACAAAGCAACUGGUACAUUGAGCCUCAGCUUGAAGACAGAAAUUUAGACCGAAAGAUGGCGUAUGGCAUAUGCGGCUUGACCCAGUUAGCAUAUCAAGCUGUUAAUGAAGAUUACAAGGAUUCAGACUAUGACAGAGGACACCUGGCUCCAGUCUACCACGCUAGGUCUCAGCACUGCUCUGAUGCCACCUUUACCCUCACCAACGCCGCCCCACAAAACAGGUCAUUCAACAGAGGCCAGUGGAAGAAGACAGAGGAAGCUGUGGCUAAAACUCUGAAGGAGAAGUGUGAGGGAAAUUCAGCCUAUAUCGUCACCGGGGUGGUUCCUGGCACUGAUAAACUAAAGAACAGAGUUCGUAUUCCCAGUUACUUUUGGACCGCUUACUGCUGUCUAGACAACAAUCAACGAGUGAAAGCUGCAAGUGGUUUCAUAGGAGGGAACAUAAAUAACCAAGUGCAAGAAAUGUCAGUGGGGGCUCUGGAUGCUAUUCUGUCCAUUCUAUAUGAUCAAAAAGUUUUCAAAGUAUUUGGUGGAAUGUGUAAUGAGUUCAACUUUGGAGACUUUUAUUGGUUUUCGGUCCUUGAAGCCUGCCAAACAAGCCAGAAUAUGAAAGAGUGUUUUGAAAUGUUUAUAAAAAAUCGGAGUCAAAAAAGUUAAUAUAUACCAUGCUGUCCUUCUACCUUUCCUGCUAUUAUGCUCUACAAUGUGCAGAAAUGUGUUCUCUAUAGAACGUGUGAACUCAUUUUCACUUAGAACACACAAUGUCAUUGUCAAUGACCAGGUGUGUUCAAACCUUUGCAUGUAAUUGUGGAUAUACAUUUGCAUCUGCAGUGUCUCAUAUUUUUUUAUUUUAAAUCAAUGCAGUUCUGUCAAUUAAUUGUCUCUAAGCACUCUGUGAACUGGUGUUUCUUUGGUAAACUGUUAUAACAAGUUAAAAUGUGUGUAAAAUCAAUAACUUCACUGUAAAUUCAGGGCAGAUUGGGGGAGAUAGUAGCUUUGGUCUGUUCAUUCUUUUGGCUUUUUAUAUAGUUAUAGUAUAUAACUUAAUUCAUAGUGGUCUUACAGAUGUGGUGUUCAGACAGGUGUAGGAGCUACUUUCACAAGACCAAAUUCAUUAAGAUCCCUCAUGAAGGCCACCACAGUGCAGCAGAGUGGACGUGUAGAGAGGAGGUGCUUUAUAAAGAAUGUCUGAGUGGAUAAUAAAGAGCUACUACUACUACUAUUA